CCCACUUCGUAGCAGCCAGGUGUAAUAGCGGUUCCACUGACACAGUCACGCGGUACCCCUACCUUCUAACAGCGAUGCUAGCCAAAUUAGGGCCCAGAUCUGUGUUUACUGCCGCAACCGGACUCGAGUUACCGGUCAUCGGACUUGGCACAUUCCUGCUUCCACCAAAAGGGGAUCCAUGCCGAACACGCGAGGGAGUUCUUAGAGAAGCAGCUGAAGGCCUUACAGUUGGAGUACGUGGAUUUGUAUCUGAUACACCACGCUGUGGGGUACAAGUACGACAGUACCAUCAUGUCAGGUAGUGAAGGCUUAGACAUGCAGACCGAUCACGUUGCUGUGUGGAAAGCGAUGGAGGACAUGGUUGACGCCGGCUUGACGAAGUACAUCGGGCUGUCCAACUUCAACGUGAAACAGAUAGAUAAUAUUGUGCAGAAUUCUCGCAUCAAACCCUCCAACCUCCAGAUAGAGCUUCACGUUUAUCAGCAGAGCAAAGAAGAGCAAGAAUACUAUAAGAAGAACGGUAUCCUCAUCACCUCAUACGCCACUAUGGGAUCUAUGGGAGUUCCUCAAGGGUUUUUUUGUGGGAAUAUUGAAAAUCCUCUAACGGAUACUGACGUAUUAGCAAUCGCUAAAACUCACAACAAAACCCCCGCUCAGGUGCUGCUAUGUCACAUGCUUCAGUUGGGUAUCGCUGUCAUACCAAAGAGCAACAACCCUGGAAGAUUGAAGCAAAACAUUGACAUCUUCGACUUCCAUCUGAGUAAGCAGGAAAUGCUGCGGCUGGGGGUACUGGACCGAGGAGAAGACGGAAGAAGGUUUAUCCUGGAGGGGAUGCUCACUCAUCCUGAGUAUCCUUACAGGAAACCGUAGACGUUACAACCUUCAUCACAUACCUGAGUCAUACGCUUUUCAUUGUAAACCAGUUUAAAUAAUACAUUUAAAAAAUGUUC